AUGUUGAAACAACUUCCAAGCGUGGAAGACUCUCAUAUGACAUUUUACUUCAUUCUUCAAAAGAAAACAAAUCGGCUUAUUUUUCGAGGGUGUAGAGAUUUAACAACAUUGCGUGAAUGUUAUGACUGGAGAAAGUAUGGAGAAAAAUAUGGAUGGCAAGACCAGGUAGAACAACUGUCGAUUAUUGACACGACUAGCGUCUCUGAUUUAACCGAUCUAAUUAAUAACUUUUCUAGAUAUUCUCCAUCUGAUUUUGAAGGAUUAGAGUUAAUUAACUAUUCAGAAGAGUACCAAAGCUUUUCCAUUCUGUCUUCUAUUCAUGCCAAUAUACCCAACCUAAGGAUAUGCAACGCCAACUACAUGCUCAAUCUUCUUAAUCCAGAAAUUUUCCAAGAUCCUCCUGACGAGCUUACUCAGUCCAAAUAUAACGAAUCCAGAUUAUUGAAGGUCAUUGUUCAAAGUUUAUAUGCGCAAGAUAUCUCUGAAGAAUUUGUCAUUCAAGAAUUGAACCCACUGUUUCUAGUUCCCUACACAAAGAUGAAGACCGCCUAUCUUCAACUGUGUGAAUUACUCGAUCAAUUUUAUAGGGAUAACCUCCUUUCCAAGGAAGGCGAUAUUGAAGCUUUCAAUAGCACAGCCAUCACCUUUCCUUUAAAUCAGAACAAAAUCACUGGUCUAUUUCACAAUCUCAAAAGGUUCUACAAACAAGCUAAGAUUGUGUCAGCAUCGAGCUAUUGGAAAAAUUUAUUUAUUUACAAUGCUGAAGGAAAGGAUUUUGUCUCACAGUCACGCUGUUUACUUGAUCUACUAUCCGCUUUCGAGAAGCUGCAAAGCAAGUGA